CCGCCGUACGGCCUGUCGGCUGUGCCGGGCGGCCGCCGCCAUGGAUUACCGCGCUGAGGUGAUGAGGCAGGCCGUGCCCGGGCAGUUCGAUGACGCGGAGUGCUCCGACGGUGACCUUGCAGAAGAUGCAGAAAUAAUUCAGGAAGAUGAGUUUGCUGAGAAAUGCCGGUCAAGCUUGUGCAAAGGGAUCAACGUGAAGGAAGGAGAUAGUGAUGAUGACAGUGUUGAUGAAGAGGAAGAAGAUGAUGAUGAUGAUGACUGGGACUGGGAUGAUGAGAUGGGAAGACUCAUGAAGUGCCACACUGCUGCUGGAUGCAAUCAGCAGGCAAAUAGGCAGACCCCUAGUUGCUAUUCAGCAAAAAUGUCUACCCCUACAGACAAGGCUUUGAGGAAAUUUGAACAUAAAAUUAAUUUAGAUAAGCUGAAUUUUGAUGACUCUGUUAUAAACAGAGUCACAGAAAAGUCUAGACAGAAGGAAGCAGACAUGUGCCGAGUCAAAGAUAAGUCAGACAGAGCAACAGUAGAGCAAGUGUUGGACCCAAGGACCCGAAUGAUUCUGUUCAAGAUGCUGAGUAGAGGUGUCAUAUCAGAGAUCAAUGGCUGCAUCAGCACAGGGAAAGAAGCUAAUGUGUACCAUGCCAGUACUGCAAAUGGAGAGAACAGAGCAAUAAAGAUUUACAAAACCUCUAUUUUGAUGUUCAAGGAUCGGGAUAAGUAUGUGAGCGGUGAGUUCAGAUUUCGUCAUGGAUAUUGUAAAGGCAACCCAAGAAAAAUGGUGAAAACAUGGGCUGAAAAGGAAAUGAGGAAUUUAAUAAGGUUGAAUACAGCACAAAUACCUUGCCCAGAGCCAAUUAUGCUAAGAAGUCAUGUGCUUCUCAUGGGCUUUAUUGGUAAAGGAGAUAGGCCUGCUCCUCUGCUGAAGAAUGCUCAGUUAUCUGACUCAAAAGUCCGGGAGCUGUACCUGCAGAUCAUCCAGUACAUGAGAAGAAUGUACCAAGAUGCCAGACUUGUUCAUGCAGAUCUCAGUGAAUUCAAUAUGCUGUACCACAGUGGGGAUGUGUACAUCAUUGAUGUCUCCCAGGCAGUGGAGCAUGACCACCCACAUGCACUGGAGUUUCUGCGAAAGGAUUGUGCCAAUGUUAAUGGCUUUUUCCAGAAGCACAAUGUUGCAGUGAUGACUGUGAGGGAACUGUUUGAGUUUAUUACUGAUCCUUCUAUCACAAGUGAGAACAUUGAUGACUAUCUGUCAAAGGCAAUGGAAAUAGCAUCAAAAAGAACAGAGGAGGAGAGAUCCAGCCAAGAUAAAGUGGAUGAGGAAGUGUUCAAGAAGGCUUACAUACCUCGAACUUUGACUGAAGUUAAAAACUAUGAGAGAGAUGUGGAUAUAAUGAUGAAAUUGAAAGAAGAGGAUUUGGCAUUGUGUGUUCAGCAAGAUAAUAUUCUCUACCAGACCGUGACAGGAUUGAAGAAGGAUUUGUCUGGUGUUCAGAAGAUUCCUGCACUUCUAGAGAAGAAGACGGAUGAGUCAGAAACAGGCUCUGAUGAUGAUGGUGGCAGCUCAGAGGACUCUGACUCAAGCUGUAAAGAAUUUCGGCAUCCCAAAGAUCUUCCAGCUGUAGUUACUAUGGAUAAAAAGGUUGGUGGAUGUGGCUCCUGGUGAACCACCCUUUGUCCAGGAAACUGAGACCACCUGAUGCUUGCAGCUGGAGACUUGGUGACAAUGUCUGUACUACAGUGGCUUUUGUCAUACUGUUGGUACAGGCUGACAGGCACUGCUGCAGGGAGAAGACUGAAAGCAGAUGUGCGAGGGAAAUAACGUGUUUUUCAGGUUUUGUUUUCCAAACUACAGAACAAAUAUGCUUAGUUCUUGUGAUGCUUUUCUGUGGAGUCACCCCCAUGGGUGAGAGCCUGGUGGCAGCUUUUUAGGUGCUGUGCAAAAGAAAGAUGAAACUUGCCAGCUUAAGGUAUUAGAGUUGUGGGGGUUUGUUAGGUUUGUGGGUCUGUUUAUAUUUUUUUCUUUUCUCCCUUAGGAAAGAUAAUGGGUUUCAAAUCCAUGAAAUAAAAUGGCAGUGCUCUUCUAGAUGCUUUUUGUACUAAUCUAAAGCUGCUACCUUUCAGAUCUGAAGCAGGGAGGUCUUGGUCACUUCUCAGCAUUGUGGAUAAGUCUUUACUGUCUAGCAGGAAUUCCAGUGUAUUGCAGUCACGUAGCAUCCUUUCUAGCCAAUCCUGAUGAUGACUGGAUUGCUCUGAGUUACCAGCAGUUACUAGAUCACUAUUUUUGUUUGAGUAAAAACACAUCCUACCGUAGCCCCUAGGGGUAGCAGAAAACUUGGAUCAGGCUUUCUAUUGGAAUCUUUGCUAUAAAUAGCAUGAGUUGAGUGCAUCUUGUUGCUUUUCUUCAAAGGCUGCAUGAAAGUCAGGUUUUAACUAGUUUGAAUUUUGUACUGUCAUUACCAGUGUGCAAUUCCACCCUCAUAUUAUGCUUCCUUUCUCCUUUCCUCUCUCCCUCUCAAAGUUAUUUUCAUUAGACCUGCAUUUUUGAUGUGAUGUAUUAAUUAACUUAGAUUGAUAGGCCUGCUCAAACCUCCUAUUCCUGCUGGCUUUGAA